UGGACACAAUCCUCCACUAACCUCCCGCCACGUCGCCCCCCCACCCGGCUCACCCUUAGCUGUCAUGCACCGCCCACCACACAAUUCCACACAUCCCAAUUUUUCAAAUUCCUCCAACUCGUUUAUAUUUAUAAGCCGCGCUCAUCCCCUUCUCCAACCACUACAGUCUCUUUGCGACUGCGAUCGACGGCUGAGAAUGGAGCGAUGUGACGAGCACUGUACGACGCCGAAGCGCCGCGAGUGUCGGAUACCGGAGGAGUCCAUGUGUCCUCCGGCGCCGAGGAAAAAAGCGGCCGGGGAUCAAAACAAGAGGGACCCGCCGAAGAACGGCUACUUCCAGCCGCCUGAUCUCGAUUCUCUGUUCAACAUGCCACCCAGAACUCAAGUUUGCGCUUAGGUUUCAGGCCGUUUGGUAAUCAUUACACGAUGGUUUGGUUUUCACGGUAUAUAUUACUAUGCUUGUUUUGUUUUCCAUUACUGUUUUCUUCAAUUUCGGGUUGGCAAUGGCAUGCCCGAAAUUCUUUUUUUUGUUUUGUUUUGUUUUUGUUUUCGGUAGUGGAGGAGGAUGGGGAACGUUGCGGGGAUAAAUCGGAGUGGGUGUGGGAGGGAGAUCUGUAGACCUCAGGUGGGUCAUUUCUGAUGAAUAAAGAGGUUGGGGGUUUGAAUCGAUUACCCUAAAAGGGAACCAAAACAUGCAGGCUUUGAAAGUACAUGGAAAUAGUAUUUGUCUCUGUGUUUGGUCACCUUUUUUUUUUUUUUUUGGUAACUUUGGUGAUUGUUGUUUGGUAGAGAACCGAAAGGAAACGUAAGGUUUGUAUAUGGGGGAAUAUGAUUUUGUCAUUAUUAUUGUUAUUUCCCAUUUUGGCCCUUCCCUUUUCUUUGCUCUAUUAUGUGAAGUUGUGACUACUGACUUGU